AUGCGUGGCAUCCCGAAGUGUCACCAGGAGCUCAUGCAGGCAAAUCUCUUGGUCAAACAUGAUCCAAGCUUCCUCACAAUCUUCGUUUCGCAUCAGUGGUUGGGCAAUACUCAUCCGGAUCAACGUGGAUAUCAAUUUCGUAUCUUCCAGAAGGCCUUGAGGAACGUGCUUGACGGAAAGAUCAAACUCGAACUGGACGCCACCUCACAGUUCUUCGGCCACAUGAAGACCCUCACAGCCGAAUAUCGAAAGAAGCUUCAAGAAGCAUACGUUUGGCUGGACUGGUUCUGUGUGCCACAGACGGAGUUUGAGACAGACCCUGCGGAAUCGAGGAUGGUGCCGUGCGGAGAUGUGGUGCAAGCUGCUCUCAGACCGGUCAUAACCUCUGUGGAUCAAGCGGAGUUUGCCAUGCCCAUGCAGUGGCUCAAAUCUCCGGUCCAUCAGGGCACUUUCUCGCUCGACAAGGACAGAGUUGCCGUGUGCAAUUUCAUCCAGGAGGCCUUAGAUUUUAAGCUGGCGAGGCUUUCCAAACAGAAGAACCUGGACAUCUACCGCUACUUUGCUGCUAGAUAUACAGACUUCCUUGGCUUGCCCAAGAAGCGGAGGAGCGUUGAGGAAUUUCUCAGCUACUUCCGUUUUCCGUCAAUGGAGGCAGCGGUGCGGCAGAAGAAGGGCAUGGGCGCCAUGGCUUGUGCUGCCCUCAGCGGAGACGCUGGUUUGCUCCGGCAGCUUGCAGAGGCGGGCGCUCCUAUGAAUACGAAGCUGCGCGAGAUCUCAGAGCUUGAUGUUCUACCGGACUGGACACCAUUGCAUCUGGCGGCCGUACGUCGUGACGAGGAUGCCGAGGCUGUCUCAGCGCUGUUGGAGCUUCGAGCGGAUCCACACUACGUGAACAAACUGGGGCACGCCAUUCUUGGGACCUGCGAGAGUGCUCGCGCUGUGGAACUACUUGUGCAAGCCGGUGCCAGCAUCAAUCAGAUGAAGCCGCUCACCAUGUGCACCCCUCUGACUCUGGCUUGUCUUCGCUGCCCCGAGCCGGAUGUGAUUGCCAAGCUUCUACAGCUGCGGGCUGACGUGAACCUUACUAAAGGCGGCAUUGGCCUGACUCCGCUCCACUCCCUGGCAAUUUACUCUCACGGGAAUCCUCACUCAUUGGCUGUGGCUGAAAUGCUGAUUGAAGCCCGGGCAGAGCUCAACCGCGGAGCGCAGGCGGGCCCACGCUGCCCUAUUAUACUGGGUUGCUGUUAA